GCUUCUGGGGCCCGAGAAUUACCUCUGUUGCCUCACCUUGUCCACCUUUGUACCUAGUGAUGUAGGAAAAGCGAGCGAGUUCUCGCCUCCGCCUCCUGCGGUUAAACUUGGAACUUGUUGAGAACGGGGACCGGCGGUGUCUCCUCGCCCACUGGGGCGCUGGUGAACACGCGCUCGAGAACGGUGCAAACUUGCGGGAGGCCACACGUUAGACCAGACGUGAGGAGUUAUUCCCGGAGGGCCUCUAGGCUCCGGGCACUGGCCAGGGAGACCGAGACCCAGCGAAGAAACGUGUCCUAACACGCACAGUCAGGCUGGACCCAGGACCCCCCUAGGAGGCGCGCGCGGGAGGAGCCGUGCCCGUGCAGAGGCGCGAUGGACGGGGAGGCCGGGGGCGCGCCCGAGGUGCACAGGUCCCCGGCCCCCCGCGACUCCCACUUCUAUGCCGUGGAUCCGUAUGAGCCCGAAGACAGGCUGCAGCCCUUCCCUGAAGAACACACGCGGCCGGGAAGACACGUCCCCGCCGAAAUGACCAGCGAGCCCGCGGGGGCGGCCCCAGGUGAGGCCCAGGGCGACCUGGAGGGGGAGGUGGAGGAGCUCGAGGAUGCGUACGCGCUCGGAGGUGGUGGCGAGUGGGGCGCGGCGCUCGCGGGCGGAAGCGCGCGGCGCGCGGAGGUGCCGGAGCCCCGGCUGCACCUGCCCGCGGCCGGGGCGCAGUGGGACCGGCGCCCGGGCGCCGAGGCCGAGGACGCGGGCUGGGGCGCGGCGAGCCGGGCCCUGCGGGAAGCCUACAGGUACGCGCACGGCCGGGCCAGCGAGGAGUACGAGUGCUACGUCAUCCCCGAGGAGGCGGACGAGGACGAGGCCGCCCUGGGCUUCUGUGUCACCUGCAGAGCGCCGGUAAGGGCGUCGGAGGUUCCCGGUGCGCACGGAGAGCACGAGGUGGCCCCGCUCAGCCAGGCCCUGGAGAGCGCCAAGGACGAAAUUCACAAAAACAUGUUCAAACUGGAAAAGCAGAUUAUCGAGAUGGAGAAUUUUGCAAAUCACUUGGAGGAGGUUUUCAUCACAGUGGAGGAGAACUUUGGAAGACAGGAACAAAACUUUGAGUCACAUUACAACGAGAUUUUGGAAACACUUGCUCAAAAAUACGAAGAAAAAAUACACGCUCUAGGGGAGAAAAAGAAAGCGAAGCUGGAAGCCUUGUAUGAACAGCUGGUCAGCUGUGGGGAAAACCUGGAUACCUGUAAGGAGCUCAUGGAAACCAUAGAGGAGAUGUGUCAUGAAGAGAAGGUUGACUUCAUAAAGGAUGCUGUGGCUAUGGCUGACAGACUCGGGAAAUUCUUGAAUACAGAAACAGACGUGGAAAUCUCUGCACAGCCUGACUUUGAAGACCAGACCUUGGACUUCUCUGACGUGGAGCAGCUCAUGGGCUCCAUUAACACCAUCCCAGCUCCUUCUGCUCCGGUAAUAAACCCGCAGGCCCCCAACUCGGCCACGGGCUCCUCCGUCCGCGUGUGCUGGAGCCUGUACUCUGACGACACGGUGGAGAGCUACGUGCUGUCCUACUGGCCAGUGCAGGACAGCUCGCCUGGGAAGGACCAAGCAGAGUUUACAAUGACUGUCAAAGAAACAUAUUGCUCAGUGAGAAAUCUUGUGCCAAAUACCCAGUAUGAAUUUUGGGUCACAGCUCAGAACAGGGCUGGCCGCAGCCCCGCCAGUGAGCGUGCAGUGUACAUGACAGCACCCUCCCCUCCCAUUAUAAAAAGCAAAGAGAUACGGAGCUGCGAAGAGGCUGCGCUGAUUUGCUGGGAGUCUGGGAACCUGAAUCCCGUGGACUCGUACACGGUGGAGCUGACCCAGGCGGAGACGCCUGAAGCCUCAGGAGUGACUGAGUCGGUUGUGGGCAUCCCAACGUGCGAGGCCCUGGUGCAGCUGCAGCCCAGGCAGCGCUACACCAUCUACGUGCGAGCCCUGAGCGUGGGGGGCCCCAGUGCAAGGAGCGACCCCGUGACGGUCUACACCACAGGCAGCUACUUUCACCUGAACCAGCACACCUGCCACGCCGGGCUGACCAUUUCGGAGGAUGGGUUCACAGUCGUGCGGAGCGAAAAGAAAACCCCAGCAACAGAGCUGCUCCCUAGCAACACCCGGUUCACCAGGUGUGUUGCAGUCAUGGGGAAUCUCAUUCCAAUCCGAGGGCGCCAUUACUGGGAGGUGGAGGUGGACCAGCGGUCGGACUACACGGUGGGUGUGGCCUUUGAAGAUGUCCCUAAACAGGAGGACCUGGGAGCAAACUGCCUGUCUUGGUGCAUGAGGCACAGAUUUGCAUCAUCACGGCAUGAGUAUGAGUUCCUGCACAACAAGACGACCCCAGACAUAAGAAUAACUGUGUCCCCGAGGAAGAUCGGCAUUCUGUUAGACUAUGAAAAUGCAAAACUGUCAUUUUUCAAUGUGGACAUUUCUCAGCAUCUGUACACAUUUAGUUGUCGGCUUCACCAAUUUGUGCAUCCCUGUUUUUCUCUGGAAAAGCCUGGGUGUCUGAAGAUCCAUAACGGCAUUUCAGUGCCAAAGCACGCCACAUUCUACUAGGCCGUCCUGAUGCCAGCUCCCUCUCUUCUGUCCCCUGCCCCCUCAGCGGGUUGAACUUGGCAUUCAAGCACGGGGUCCUAGUCCUGUGCGCUGCCGCCUGCAUGAUGUUAGGUUAGUCACUACCAGGCCCGGCUCAGAUGAAAUGAACUCCGGGGUCUUUCAAGCGGCCGAACUGUGGUGGUCUAUUCGUUUGCACGCAAAGUAUCUGAAUGUCCGAGGCCUGCAGAGCUGGGGGCGGGGGCAAGGGACGGAACAGCUACAAAAGCGUUAGUGGCCGCGCCAGGCACACCUGGGACGUCCGCUUGUCAGCCGUGAACAGACUCGAGAAGGCGAGGGGCCGUGCACAGAGCAGCAGGGCAGCCUCGCGCCUUCUCUGUCUGCCCCGGAGUUAAUGGCAGUGAUGAGCUUUCUCCCACUGAGCACCGUGUAACCCGUUCCUCUCCCUCCCGCACCUUCCCCCACGCACUGUGACGUCUACCGUGCGCACUUCCACAAAGGCGGGGACAGGGUCUGUCUCGUCCGUCAUUCGGUCCCUAAGGGCUAACACGUAACAGUACACACCAAAUACUGAAUAAAUUGGUAUUUUCUUCAUCCAA